CGGGCAUUUUCCUUUUCUUAGAUGCUGGGAUUUCCCCGAAGGGUAACGUCGAGAGGAGACCUUGGGGUCCUACCUCUGCCGAGCGCCCCCGGAGCCCGACCGGACGGGCGGCAGGAGUCGGCGCCGGCGCCGGCGAGCCCGCGCGGGCCGCCCCGGGACAUGGGCCGGGCCCCGCCGGGCGCUCCGGAGUCGGGCCCCGGACUGGGCGGGGCUCCCCGCGGGCCGCCCGCCCCAGCCGCCGCCGCCUUGCCGCGGACCUUUGUGCGGGUCCUGCGCCCCCGGCGCCCCGAGCCCACGCCGCUCCAGCGUCCGCACCAUGGCCCUGGCUGAGGUAGUAGUUUGUGCUGUUGGUCGGGUUGUGACAUUGCCCGCUGUGGAGAUAACUGCGCAAGCUACUGCCUUGCUAGUGCUGGUGAUGAUCAGCCGCGGGUGAAGACAAUGGCCCGGGGAAUCCCCUUUGUUUAAGGGGGUCGCCGCGGGGGCGGGGGGGCCCGCCGCCUCCUGGGGCGCUGCCGCGAGCCCCGCGCGAGGGGGGGUGCGCAGGGUGUUUGCGGGGCGGGGGAAGGGUCCUGGGGCUGGGGAAAGGGUCCAGGCGUGGUGGGGGGCGGUGGUGGCCGUGCCGGAGAAAGAGCUGGUCUGUCGAAAUCACAUUGUGAACAUCUUCCAGCCCACUUUCCUAACGUCUUUGCCCCUAAAGUUACAGGAAGCCCUCAGUUAUUCCAGGUUUCUUGUAGCGAACAAAUGCCUGGGGUGGGUAGGAAUGCUAGGUGCGGGGACUGGCCACAUAAUACUUACUCGGUAAAUGCAUUACGUGAAACUCUGCCCCCUUUGCAUUUUGUUUCUACUUUUAUCUGCAUGGAUUUUGAUUUUAUCUUGCUUUUUCGGGAUACUAAGAUGAAAACUUGAAUCGAUUUAAAGACGCUUAACUAUUGUGGGUUGCAGCUCGUGCUGUGAUUAAAUUUAUUGAUUAAAAACUAUAUGGAACAUAUUAAAACGUAAAAUAAAUUUCCCUUCUAAUUAAA